CUUUAGAGUAGAGUUUUUGCUGAGUAACGGAUGCGCGUGCGUGUGGAGAAAUCAGUGUGAGGCAGGCGCUUAUACGGGAUUUUUUUUAUCUGUUUUUAUAAAUAAAAUCCUCAAAUGAAGGAAAGAAGAUCGUGUCAGAAGUCGUCCUUUCAGCCGGGAAUGGACGCGAGUCAGAACGUUAAGUGUAAGAUAGUGGUGGUGGGAGACAGCCAGUGUGGGAAGACCGCCUUACUUCACGUUUUUGCCAAGGACUGUUUCCCUGAGAACUACAUUCCCACCGUGUUUGAGAAUUACACAGCGAGUUUUGAGAUUGACUCUCGGAGGAUUGAGCUCAGUCUGUGGGACACUUCAGGCUCACCAUACUACGAUAACGUCAGGCCGCUGUCGUACCCCGACUCAGAUGCCGUCAUCAUCUGUUUUGACAUCAGCCGCCCGGAGACUCUGGACAGCGUUCUUAAAAAGUGGAAAGGAGAGAUCCAGGAGUUCUGCCCCAACACCAAGAUGCUGCUGGUCGGCUGCAAGUCGGACCUGAGAACAGACCUCAACACCUUGGUGGAGCUGUCCAAUCACAGACAGAUGCCUGUGUCAUAUGAUCAGGGUUCCGCGAUGGCUAAACAGAUCUCGGCUCCGUACAUCGAGUGUUCGGCGCUACAGUCGGAGAACAGCGUGCGGGACAUUUUCCACGUGGCGACGCUCGCCUGCGUCAACAAGAGCAACAAAACUGUCAAGCGCAACAAAUCGGCACGCUCUGCCAAGCGCAUCUCGCACAUGCCUGGCAGGCCUGACCUGGCUGCCGUGGCAACAGACUUCCGCAAGGACAAAGCCAAGAGCUGCACAGUCAUGUGAUCUCGUCUUAAUGAAGAAAGGCAUUCUGGGACAUGUGGGUGGAGGAAAAAAAACGGCAGGUGAAGGGGAUAACCAUACAAGUGGGGUUUAAAAAAAAAAAAAAAAAAAAAAAAUAUUACUUAAAACAAGAAUUUUAAAGUGGAGCAGGGAAGGAGAGAUGCUUUAACUCUCCUGGUUUGCAACGCUGUAUGCAAGUGUUUCACUUCCUGUAACCUGACAGUAAGUGGAGAGUGUCCUAAAGCCAUGCCUCGUCCGUUCCCCCAGCAUCCCUUUAGAGGAAGUGCGCUCCCUCUGACCCAGCAAGAGGCCAUGCUUCUGGAUCCUGAUCGGAAGCGAAAAAGGAACUUGUGGUUUCAGCAGAAAAUUUGAGGAGGAACUGGCACAGAGGCGCAUAUACACGACUUCACCCAGAGCAACAAGGGGUGUUUGAUGAAGGAAGCUGAAUCAUGGACUGUGUGAACCGUUCCCUUCUCUCCUGACUGAAAACGAGGAGAAUGAAGCAGAAGAGAAAUAACUGUUUAUCACUGUGCUUUCCAUUCACUUCUCUUUUUCUGCAUGGCUGCUUAUCCAGAUGUUCGCUCUCUUUAUAGCUGAGCUCAGCUCAAAUGAUUAUGCACAUGUGGUCACCAUGGAUACACCACUUCUACAGCCCUUCUUUAGCCGUUUUCAAAAACGGAUCACAUUUUCACAUUGAGGUUUUAUAUUUAGAGUGAAAGAGGAUUCGAGCCACUUUCUCCGGAAAGUCUCUGGCACUGUUGCUAAAUAAUUGACCGCAUACAUUGGGUCAGGAUGGAAGGGUUAGUUUCAGCAAAACGAAUACACAAAAGAAAGGGAGAAAAGCGAGCACUCCCUAUGUGUCUUCCGAAUGGAUUUGUCUGUCGUGAUUGCUGAAGAGCAGCACAGCUUUAUACGUCUUAAUGUAUUCACAGCUCAGCCCAGUGACUUGAGAGAUACACAUUUUGUUCUAAUGAGGCAACAUGAUAAAGCCAGGUGACUGGACAUCCACUGACCCUUCACCCAAAUCCCACACUCCUCUAAUUACAGUUCAUACCCAUGAUCACUUUCUGUAAUCAAAAACAGAACAAGGACAAUCUUAAAACCGUAACUUCACCUUCUACCAGGGUUUAUUACGAUGAGCUCUGUUUUAGCAUUAUGCCAGAGCCGUAGCGAUCUGGUGAUGAGGAUACAUUUAUUAACAUUCAUGGACUGUGUCUCCAGUGCAGCAGCAGAGCAGAGAUGUCUUGUGUGUUCUGAUUUCUCUAACGUGAUCAGCAUUUUUUUUUUUUGUCUGUUUGGAGCGAGGAAAAAGAACGGCUGGCGAUUGUAUAGCUGCUAUAACAGAAGUGAUAACAGGAACUAACUUGUUGUUUCUAGUCGCUUUAAAUGUUAACUGUGGAUUUUAGAAAAUAUGGAUCUGCUGUCGUGUUGGAGGAUUAAACCACUUCAGCAUGUGGUAAUGGUGGAAAAUAAUCACACCACAAGGUCAUUGAUUAGUUUCCUAGAACGCCCCGACGUGUUCAAAUCAAUCGCCAGUUUACUCGCCCACACCAAUGCAUCCUGGGAUUGAUCGCUUGCUUAGUUAAACGUAACUCCUAGCUAACAGGUAUGGUGUAAUCUUCAGUUCUGUUGAAUAAUGAAGCUGUGUAUUAACCUCAACAUCACAGAGAAACUAUUCCAGUACCUCCAUUUUAAGCAGCAGCGUGAGGAAUGUGUUUAUGGCGGGUUUGAUUUGAAAACGUUUUCGGUUUUGUCUGUGGAGAGUGGAGCAAGUCAACGUGUAAGACGUGUGUGUUUGUACGUGGUGUUAUGUAACGGAGGCCACUAGUAGGUGCUGUGCAGGUAAACCUCACUCCUCUGAUCUCAAGAGGUGCACUAGUGACUGACUCUAGUGGCUGCAGUCUUUAGCCUCCUUGUUUAGUGCGCCUGCCUCCCAUGCCGGGGACCUGGGUUUGAGACCCACUUGGAGCGGGUGCGAAUAGGACCCGGUGGGGAGGGGGUUACAGUUACACUAUGCAGAUCAUUCAAGAGAGGUGUUGUCUGAUUGAAGGACGGGCAAAUGAGAGAGAGAGAGAGAGAGAGAGAGAGAGAGGACCCAGUUUUAUUGUUUUUUUUGGGGGAAAGUUUAGACCAUGGUAUAUGUUGAAGGUCAGUAGUUGCACUUUGAGUUUGAUCUUUUACAAAAAAAAUAAAUAAAAAUUUCCUGUCUUUAACUUAAGACCUUUAGGCUUUCUUCAUAUCUGUUCACAUGGGCAGUAUUAAUGUGUCCCCCUUUUUGUAUUUAAGUGUUAGAUUGUGUAGUCUUCUAUAAAAUUAAACAAACUGUUUUUAUUUUCUUCAAAUCCUGUUGUGUGUUCUGUCGAUGUCCCUCGUUAAUAUUUAUUGAAUUGUUUUUUGCUCUAAUUAUUAAAUGUAAAAACAAAUUAAAAGCAUUUUGAUAUAAAACC